AUGGCUUUCUUCGUGAAAAAGAAGAAGUUUAAGUUUCAGACGCAUUUGACGCUGGAGGAGCUGAGCGCGGUGCCGUUUGUGAACGGGGUUCUGUACUGCAAGCUCCGGCUCCUGGAUGGGGACUUUGUGGCCUCUUCUACCAGAGAUUCCUCAGUUAAAGUCACGCGCCUCAAACAGCCGCACUCUGGGGACGUCAUGUCACUCACACAAGUCAGGCUCUGUCCUGAUCCAGGCUCAGAGCUCCAGGAGGUCAGGGGUCAGGGCUCCAGGAGGUCAGGGGUCAGGGCUCCAGGAGGUCAUGGGUCAGGGCUCCAGGAGGUCAGGGGUCAGGGCUCCAGGAGGUCAGGGGUCAGGGCUCCAGGAGGUCAGGGGUCAGGGCUCCAGGAGGUCAUGGGUCAGGGCUCCAGGAGGUCAGGGCUCCAGGAGGUCAUGGGUCAGGGCUCCAGGAGGUCAGGGGUCAGAGCUCCAGGAGGUCAUGGGUCAGGGCUCCAGGAGGUCAUGGGUCAGGGCUCCAGGAGGUCAGGGGUCAGAGCUCCAGGAGGUCAUGGGUCAGGGCUUCAGGAGGUCAUGGGUCAGGGCUCCAGGAGGUCAUGGGUCAGGGCUCCAGGAGGUCAGGGGUCAGGGCUCCAGGAGGUCAUGGGUCAGGGCUCCAGGAGGUCAGGGGUCAGAGCUCCAGGAGGUCAUGGGUCAGGGCUCCAGGAGAGGAAGGAGGUGCAGACGAGCUCCAGCUGCUUCCUGUUUUCACACAGACUCUGGGAUCGUGUGGCUCAGAGUGUGAAGCCUGGAAAGUCCUGGAGAAGUGUGGGCUGGAGCCUGGAAAGUCCUGGAGAAGUGUUGGCUGGAGCCUGGAAAGUCCUGCAGAAGUGUGGGCUGGAGCCUGGAAAGUCCUGGAGAAGUGUUGGCUGGAGCCUGGAAAGUCCUGGAGAAGUGUGGGCUGGAGCCUGGAAAGUCCUGGAGAAGUGUGGGCUGGAGCCUGGAAACUCCUGGAGAAGUGUGGGCUGGAGCCUGGAAAGUCCUGGAGAAGUGUUGGCUGGAGCCUGGAAAGUCCUGCAGAAGUGUGGGCUGGAGCCUGGAAAGUCCUGGAGAAGUGUUGGCUGGAGCCUGGAAAGUCCUGGAGAAGUGUGGGCUGGAGCCUGGAAAGUCCUGGAGAAGUGUGGGCUGGAGCCUGGAAAGUCCUGGAGAAGUGUGGGCUGGAGCCUGGAAAGUCCUGGAGAAGUGUGGGCUGGAGCCUGGAAAGUCCUGGAGAAGUGUGGGCUGGAGCCUGGAAAGUCCUGGAGAAGUGUGGGCUGGAGCCUGGAAACUCCUGGAGAAGUGUUGGCUGAAGCCUGGAAAGUCCUGGAGAAGUGUUGGCUGGAGCCUGGAAAGUCCUGGAGAAGUGUUGGCUGGAGCCUGGAAAGUCCUGGAGAAGUGUGGGCUGGAGCCUGGAAAGUCCUGGAGAAGUGUUGGCUGGAGCCUGGAAAGUCCUGGAGAAGUGUGGGCUGGAGCCUGGAAAGUCCUGGAGAAGUGUGGGCUGAAGCCUGGAAAGUCCUGGAGAAGUGUGGGCUGGAGCCUGGAAAGUCCUGGAGAAGUGUUGGCUGGAGCCUGGAAAGUCCUGGAGAAGUGUGGGCUGGAGCCUGGAAAGUCCUGGAGAAGGAGGAGGUGCACGACCACUGUGUGCGCUGGAGGAAGAGGUUCACCUUCAUCUCUAAGAUGAGCGCCAACCCCCAAACUGGAGUCCUGGACCCGGCCGUCUGCAGGGUCUCCGUUCGGAAGGAACUGAAGGGCGGCAAGGCCUACUCCAAGCUGGGGUUUGCAGAUCUGAACAUGGCAGAGUUCGCCGGCUCCGGAUCCACAGUUCGCUGUUGUUUACUCGAGGGCUACGACACCAAGAACACUCGCCAGGACAACUCCAUCCUCAAGGUGAACAUCGGGAUGACACUACUUUCUGGGGACCCUUGUUUUAAAACAGCUCCCAGUUCAGCCAAAAGCAUCAGUGUCUCUGGUCGUGAACCCGCUCUGCAGAUGGACUGUAAAGGAGAAGGGACCUCAGAACCCCCGCCCGGAGGCGUGUCUCUGGGACGCAGCUCCAAGCCCCGCCCCUCCAUCAUCAGCUCCGGUCUUUUGGAAGAGUACAGCCAGAGUCAGACUGAGAUCUUCCAGUCGGGUCACUCCAGAAACUCCAGCUACGCCAGCCAGAACAGUAAGAUCUCAGGCUACAGCACCGAGCACUCCUGCUCCUCCAGCCUGUCGGACCUGACCCACCGCAGGACGGCCUCCACAGGCAGCAGUGCGUCUGCUCUGGGCUUCUGCUCUGACCCCCCCUCCUCACCCCCUGAGGCCCCCCCCUCCACACGCCCAGAGAAACCCCCCAGACCCCCACGCCCUGCACUGCCACAGAACAGACCGGCCAGGAGGAAGCUGGACUCUGUGGAGAGUCGUCCGUCCUGGGUCAACGACACUCGCAUCGACGCAGACGACAUCGUGGAGAAGAUCGUCCAGAGCCAGAACUUUGCCGACAUCAACCACACUGAAGACAGUAACCUGCGCCUCUUCGUGAGCAGAGACGGCACCACGGCUCUCAGCGCCAUCAGACUGGGAACCAGAGUGUCCGCUGGGGGCUAUGAACCGGUCGUCAUAGAAACCCACUGA